GCUGAGUCAUGCUGCUCUGCUCAGCCCAGGAGGGAACAGAGGCUGCAGGCUGGCAGGUGAGCUGAGCCAUGGCCACUGGCAAGCACCAUCACUCCCUGGGGGCUUCCAAAGCCUCUGAUGGCAUCCAGAGGGCUGUGGCAGCUCCUGGUCAGCUGAAGCUUGCCAGGGAGGCAAAGGAGCCUGUGACUCUGACUGCCUCCACCUCCUCCUCCUCCUUCUCCUCCUCCCUGUCUGUGCCAAUGGAUCAGAGCCUGCCUGGCACUCAGGAGGUGAAGCUGCCCCGGAUCAUCCAGAAGCCAAACAAGCCUGAGGAGAGGAGGCUGCCCCUGGUUCCACAGCUGCCAGGCAUCAGUGCUGCCUCCCACCCAAAGCUCCCCUCGGCUGGGCUGGGCAGGAGCUGCUUUGAGCCUGUCCCUCCGGAGGUGCUGUUCCAGGGCUGCGUCCCGCACCGGCUCCACCGAGCGCCUCUGCUCCUGCGCAACAGGGACAAGGUUCCUCGGCAGGUGAAGGUGACCUUGGAGAGUUCUCCUUACUUCAGGGUGCUGAGCCCCAAGGAUGUGUGCCAGAAGGUAGCCCCUGGCAUGUUCUCCACUUUCCAUGUCCUCUUCACCCCUGAGGAGAACAAGGAUUACUGCCACCAGCUGCUCUGUGUCACCGAGGGGGACAGGUUCACUGUGCCCAUCCGAGCUGUGGGUGCCAAGGCUGCCCUGGACUUGCCCCAGCAGCUGAACUUCUCCCUCUGCCCAGUCAAGCACAGCACCCAGAGGACUCUGCUGCUGCGCAACGUGGGUGAGCAGCAGGCACAGUACAGCAUCAGCACCCAGAGCCCCUUCUCUGCUGCCCCCUCCCUGGGAGCCCUCGGGGCUGGUGAAGCUGUGCAGGUGACUGUGGAGUUCCUGCCCCUGCAGACAGGAGAGCACCGAGGGGCCCUGACCCUGCACUCUGACACAGGCUGGCAGAGGGAAGGCUCCUGCCUGCUGUGCCCGGGGGGCAUCUUCCAGCCAGCCAGGGGCUGUGCCACUGGACCCACUCUGCACUUUGAUGUCCCUUCCCUGGACUUUGGUGAUGUCUCCUUUGGCUUUCCUCACAGCCUCUCUUGUUGCCUCUCCAACACCUCCUUGGUGCCCCUGCCCUUCACCCUCCGUGUGCCCGGGGAUGGCACAGCAGAGCCCAGCGUGCCCAGUGCUGUCCUGGCAUCGGAUCCCACCCACCCAGCCUGGAGGCAGAGUGCCAAGGGGCACCUCAAGCCCUGUGAGUUCAGCAUCAGCCCUGGCAGGGGCACCAUCCGUGCCCUGAGCUGCAUGGACGUGCAGGUCACUCUCUGCUCCAACACGGUGGGCACCUACAAGCUGGCACUGGUGGUGGAUGUGGAUGGUGUGGGCCAGGAGCUCUUGUCCCUGCCCCUCACAGCCAGGUGUGUGGUCCCUGCCCUGCGAGUGCCCAGCCCUGUGGUGCCCUUUGGACGCUGCUACCUGAAGCUCCCUGCCCAGCAGCUGCUGCCCCUGGUGAACGACAGUGACCUGCCAGGCUGCUACCUGCUGCUGCCUCAGGAACACCAGGAGGAUGCUGCUGUGCUCUACUCCAGCCCUGUGCCCUGUGGCAUCAUCCAGGCUCACAGCUGUGUGGAGGUGCCAGUGAGGCUGGCAGCACAGGUGGCAGGAGAGCAGCACACUGCUGCCCAUGUGGUGCUGUUUGGGCGUGCAGAGGCCCCACUGGAGAUCCACCUGGUGAGCCUCGGGGCUGGCCCAGUCGUCUCGGUGCAUCCCAGCAGCAUCGACUUGGGCAGCGUCCAGGUGCUGCAGGACAGCUCCAGGAGCCUGCAGCUCUGCAACCAGAGCCCAAUCCCUGCCAGCUUCCGGGCACGGCUGCCUGCCGGAGGCUCCUGCUGGAGGGUGGAACCCAGCCAGGGAGAGGUCCCUGCCGGGGGGGAGGUGUCCCUGCGGGUGACAGCCAACCUGCGGGACACGGAGCGCUGCCAGGCGGAGCUGCAGCUGCUGCUGGAGCACAGCCCCGCCCGUGCCAUCCCCCUGCGGGCACGGGGCGUCGGCACCACCAUCCUCACCGACCGGCCCCUGGCACCGCACCUCAGCCUGGGCACCCGCUUCAGCCUCGUUCCCUGCUCUUACAGCUUCAGGGUAAGCAACCGAGGGCGCCGCCGGCAGCAGCUCCGCUGGAGCACAGCAGCUGCCCGCGGAGCUGCCCAGCGCCGGCAGCUGCCUGCCCGGGGCACAGCUCCCUGCCCGAGCCCCGCAGCUCCCUGCCCUGUGUUUCACCUGCGCCCGGCCAGGAUGGAGCUGGCCCCGGGCCAGACGAUGGAGGUGGUGCUGGAAGGCUUCUCCAGCACUCCCCAGGUGGUGAGGGAGCAGCUGCUGUGCCAGGCUGUGGUGGGCAGAGAGGCCAGGAAGACUCAGGUGAUGCAGGUGGACAUCAGCUGCCAGUUCAUUGAUCCUGCCCUGCAGGUGUCCCCCACAGCAGUCACUUUCCAGGUGGAGAAGCAACCAGGACAUGGCCUAAGCCCCCAGUACCAGCCUCUGGCCUUGAAGAACAGCUCCUCCCUACCACUCAGCAUCAUCCUGGCCCUAGAGCAGCCCUUCUCAGUCUGUGAUGUGGACCUGCAGCCCUUCCCUCUCCAGCCCACGAAGCUGGAGGCAGGGCAGGAGCUGCAGCUCCGCAUCGGCUUUGACCCUGCCCACGGGGGGGCCCUGCGGAGCUGGCGAGCGGAGCAGGAGCUGCGGAUCGGCUGCCUGGAGCACCCCCGGCAGCAGCGGGUGGCACUGCGGGCAGAGGUCUCCCUGCCCAGCCUGCGCCUCCUGCCCGCGGCGCUGCACUUCGGCUGCGUCCUGAACGGCACCGAGGCUGUGCGCAGCCUGCGCAUGGCCAACUGCAGCCCCCGGCCCCUGCGCUACUGCUGGCAGCUGCUGCCAGCCGCGGCCAGGUGCAGCUCUCCAGCUCACAGAGCCUGCGGCCAAGCUCAGGCAGUGCGGGAGGAGGGAGCCUGCCCGGAGUGCUCAGCGUCUGCAGGGAGCUGCUCUGCUGCUGGGGGUGUGGAGGAGCCAGCCCAAGCCCUGGCAGCAGCAGGGCACCCUGCCCAGGAGCCAGCAGGGGCAGAGGACUCCUUGGAAGCAAAGCUGUUCGCGGUGCUGCCGCUGCAGGGGGUGCUGCAGCCCGGCCAGAGCCAGCAGGUCACCUUCAGCUUCUUCGGCCAGCCCAACGUCGUGGCCUGUGCCACAGCCCUCUGCAGGGUGCAGGGGGGCCCCACCUACGAGGUGCAGCUGAGUGGGGAGGCCUCCUGCAUCAACUACCUCCUGGACAGCACCGAGCUGGACCUCCAGCUGCAGCAGUGUGAUGUGGUCACAGAGGCAGAGGUGACCCUGCAGAACAGAGGGAAGUUGCCCUUCACCUUCCAGGUGCUGAGCCCCAGCUCUGCUGCUGCCCACAGCCUCCUGCCCGGCGUGCCCCUGGUGCUGCCCAGCUCGGGUUCGGUUGGUGCUGGCCAGCAGCAGGUGCUGAAGGUCUCUUACCUGCCAGGAGUGCCUGGGGUCUUCUGCAAGACUUUCCAGCUCCAAGUGGCUCACCUGGAGCCUGCAGAAAUCUGCCUGAAAGGAGAAGGAAGCUUUCCCAGGAUCCACUUAGACCUGCCCAGGAACAUCCAAGGGAACGAGAAGUAUGAGAAGGUCCUGAAGGAGGUGAUGGAAAAGCUGGCACAGGACAGCGAGAGACAUGGAGCAGUUGGCCUGGAGGGGGCUGCAGCCACAGAGCCACCCCCAGGCCACUGGCACAGCAUGCUGGACGCUGGGCUGCAGAUGCAGCUGGAGGACCUCCUGAUCAAGGAGCACAUCCUGGAGCAGCUGGAGGCUCUGAGCACCCCGAGGGAAGCUGCCUCGGAGCAGCCUGCUCGACAGAGGCUUCUCAAAGCCGAGCUGCCUGAGCACCUGCUGGACUUUGGCUGCGUCGCUGCCGGCAGCAUCCACUCGCACGUGGUGAGGGUCACCAACACAGGGCAGCUCCCUGUGUCCUUCCACAUCAAGGGGCAGCUCCUGCGUGGCACAGGCUUCAGCGUGGACCUGGAGCGUGUGAAGCAGCUGCACUACUGCCAGACCAGGACCUUCCAAGUCUGCUUCCAGCCACCCAGGGGCAGCCUGGCAGAGCUGGAUGUGCUCCUGCCCAUCGAGGUGGCAGCAGGCCCCACCUUUGGUGUCCGCCUCCGUGCCCGGGUGGCUGUGCCCUCCCUCUGCCUCUCCAGGGACAGGCUGGAGUUCAGCCCUGUGCAGUGUGGGCAGUGCCAGGAGGAGACCAUCAGGCUCUACAACCAGCUCCCAGUGCCCUGCCAGUGGUUCCUCAGCAGGGCUGAGCCUGCUCAGAAGGUGCAGAGGCGUCUGGCAGCCAGCAGGCGUUCGAAGCUGCCGCCGGAGCUGCAGUCCCAGGCCUGUGUCUUCGAGGUGCUUCCCUCGGCUGGAGUCCUGCCCCCCGGGCAGUGGUGCAACCUGCGGGUCAGGUUUGCCCCCGUGGCAGAGAAGCCCUACAGGAGCAAGCUGAGGAUCAGCCUUUGCCAGAGCAGCCAACACCUGCAGCUGCUGGUCUCGGGCCGUGGGCUGGAGCCACGCCUGGACUUCCAGCCCGAGGUGCUGGAGCUGGGCCCAGUGCUGCCCUGCAGCCGUGGGGCAGAGGGCAGAGUGGUGGUGAGGAACCCAUGCCAGUUCCCCAUCGAGUUCUACUCCUUGGAGUUUGACCAGCAGUACCUGGCUGAGGAGGAGGAGCUGCUGCGGGCGCUGGGAGGCUGCGACCGCCGCAGGACCUGGCUGCUGCCCGCCCGUGCCCCCGGGCACCAGCUGCCCACACAGCUGCUGCAGAGGCUGCAGGAGGAGCAGGCCGAGCCCCAGCGUGAGCAGCCAACAGCCCAGGACGAGGCAGGGCAGCAGCCAAGCAGCACCACCAGAGGAGCCCUGGAUGCCAGCCCUGCCCACAGGAGCCUUGCCUGCCACCUCGGUGCCACCCUGUGCCCUGCAGGAGCUGCCCCCCCCCAGCACAGAGGGAUGGUGAUCAUCGUGCAUGGGGCCCCCCUGGCAGGCAAGACGUCGGUGGCAGCUGCCCUGGCCCGGCGCUACGGCGCUGCCUGCCUGUCCCUGGAGGCGGCGGUGAGGCAGGCGCUGGCAGCCAGCAGCAGCCUGCCAGGGCAGCGUGCCCGGGAGCUGUGUGCCAGCGCCGCCAGCGGGCAGAGCCAGCGCCAGCCGCAGCACGGCCGUCCAAGGGCUGCUGCCUCCCUGCGGCACAGUGCCAAGGCCAGCCCCAGCUCCCCCCUGAGCUGCUCCAGCUGCGGGGACAGAGGCAGGCAGCAGCCCCCCAGCUCCCGAGGCCAGCCCAGAGCCACGGCGGGCAGGGACAAGGCACCUGCUGGGAGACAGCUGCUGGUGGAGUCCUCAGGCUCCCAGCACUGCCUGAGCUGCAGUGGCAGCACAGCAGCAGCAGAGCUGGGCCCCGGGAGCUGCCUGCUGCCCGACGAGCUCCUGGUGGCCAUCCUCAGAGAGAGGCUGCAGCUGAGUGACUGCUGCCAGGGGGUGGUGGUCGAUGGGCUGCAGAGCUCCUUUGCAGGCAGCACAGCCUCUGCUCUGCUCUGCCUGCUGCGAGCUGUGGGUGACAGACCCCACAUCUACCUUGUGAACCUGCACCAGGACUAUGCCUCUUGGCAAGCCAGGCAGAGAGCUGCAGAGGAGCAGGCAGGCCGGGAGCAGGAGGAGGCAGCCAGGAAGGAGGCAGCAGAGCUCUGGGAGCUGGGGGAGGAGGAGUAUGAAGCCCUCCCGGAGCAGCAGAGAGCGCAGCUGGACGGCAGGAUCCGGCAGCUGCAGAGAGACAGGAGGCAGAGGCUGCAGGAGCAGCUGGCUCGAGAGCUGGAGGGCAAGCAGCUGAAGGAGGAAGAGGAGCUGAGGAAGAGGAAGCAGGGGAAGAGCGAGCGUGGGAAAGGCAAAGGGCAGCAAAGCCAGUCCCUGGCAGGUGCCAUGCAGGGCACAGCCAUCAGUGACACCAACAACUGCCCAGAGGUCACCGAGGGAGCAGAGCCCAUGGAAGCUGUAAAGGAGCACCCAGGGGACAAAGAAGAUGAGGAGGAGCAGAGGAAGGUUCCUCUGGCAGAUACCUGCUUGGGCAAGGCUCCCUUGGCAGAUACCUGCUCGGAGGUGGUUGUGCAGCCCUCAGACCCACAGCAGGAGGAAGCCAAAGACAAAGCCCAGGGCAGUGAGAAGGACUUGGACCUGAGGGGCAGUGAGAAGGACUUGGCCCUGAGCUUUAAGGCCUAUGAGUCGUCCAGGAAGGAUGUGGCAGCUAUUUUGUCCUGCUGGGACAGGGCUCAGGGUGUGCUGCUGUCCCCUUCAGCCCAGCAAGAGGAGAAGCAGCAGGCAGCAGCCGAGCAGCGCCGGCACUUGGCCAGCCGCAGGAGCCGGAAGGGCAGAGAGAAGGAGCAGCAGGAGAGGCUGCAGCAGGAGAGGCUGCAGCAGGAGAAGCUGCAGAAGGUGAAGGCUGCUGAGGACUCCAAGCUGCCUCAGCUGGAAGGGGAAGGGGCAGCAGGGGCAGGCAGGAGCCGAGGGGUUGGGGUGCCCUGCUUGGACAUCGAGGUGCUGAGCUCUGCUGAUGUGGUGAGGACAGUCCUGGAGAGCGACCAACUGCCGAGGGCAGAGCAGGUCCUGGCUGAGCUGGGCCUGGGUCCCUUAGGCCCCCCCAUCCCUCCCCCUGCUCUCUACUCCGUGGUUCGCUGCCCAGAGAGGCAGGAGCUGCCUGCAGCAGAAGGCCUCCAGCACUUCACCUUGCUUCUGCCAGAGCCUGCCACAGUGCAAGAAGAGAAGAAGGAUACCCAAAGUGUGCCCACAGUGAAGAGCUCAGAGGAGCAGGGCAGCCCAGGCAGGGGCCGCUGGAGGAAGGAGAAAGCCACAAGCAGCCAAGAGGCUGCCAGGAAGAAGCAGAGCUCUGGCCACGGCAGGAGAGAUCUCCAGAGGCCAGCCACGGAACCAGCAGGGCACCAAAGCCAGCAGGACACCCUGGCACCCCCAGGGAGACCUGGCAGGAGCAGCUACCGCUGGGUGGUGCCCGCCCAGGGCCAGGUGGAGCUGCAGCUCCACUUCAGCUCGGAGGUGCCAGGCCAGUUCGAGCAGAGGCUGCACUUCGAGCUGCUGGGGACGCGGCGCCGCUACCAGCUGCACUGCAGGGGCAGCUGCCUGCAUCCCAGCAUCUGCCAGGAGCCAGGGGUGGUGUUUCCUCGCUGCAGGAGGAGCAAGGCAGAUGCUGACAUCAUCUUCAAGGAGUAUGUCCUGAGCACAGGAGUGUUCCACUUUGGACCACUGCUGUGUGGCAAGUCAAGAGCCUGGUACAAAGCCCUGCAGCCCCCCAGCCACUGUGAGAAGAUCUCCAUCCUCAAUGCCACCCCCCUGGAGGCAGAGGUGAGCUUCUCCUUCCAGAGGGACACCAAAGCUGACACCUUCCUCCUGGAGCCUCCCAGCAUGAAGCUGAAGCCUCAGGAGAAGCAGGAGCUGAGCCUCUGGGCAUACCCCACUGCAGCUGGCCUGCUGGAGGACAAACUCAUCUGCUGCAUCAAGGACAACCCAGAGCCUGUGCUCUUCCAGCUCUGCUGCCAGGGGGUGCAGCUGCAGCUGGGGGUCAGCCCCAAGCAGCUGCAUUUCGGCAGGGUGCUGCUGCACAGGGAGCAGAGCAGGACCCUGCUGCUGCGGAACAGCUGCCCCCUGCCCGUCGCCUGGCACCUGAGUGGGCUGCAGAACCUUGGAGAGGGCUUCUCAGUGUCCCAGCAGCAGGGCACGGUCGAGCCUCGCUCGGAGCUGAGCCUGCGGCUGCGCUUCAAGGCCACAAAGGCUCUGAGCCUGAAGAAGAUGAUCCGCUUAGAGGUCUCAGAUGCAGACAAUGUGCAGGGCAUAGUCCAGGUGGAGAACAUCCAAGUCCAGGCCGAAGCCUACGACGUUGCUCUGCACAUCAGCACUGCUAAAGGUGCUGAUGGCUGCGUGGACUUUGGAGUCCUGAAGGUCCUGGACGGUGCCAAGCAAGUGCUGACUCUGAAGAACCAAGGGAAGUAUGAGAUUGCCUACAGGUUCAGGCUGGACACCAGAGAGCUCAGCACCCCCGACCUGGGGUCCCAGCUGACUGUGCAGCCCCAGCAGGGGCUGCUGCCUGCCUCUGAGCGCCCUGUGCCCAUCCAGCUGCUCUUCCACCCCAGGCAGGAGAUCAGCAUUGAGGACAAACCCAUCCUGCUGUGCCAGGUGAUUGAGCCCAGCCUGUGUGCAGGAGGUGAGACCAUCGCUGCCAUCCCAGUGAGGCUCUCAGCCAGGGCUGUGUUCAGCCGCUACAGCCUCAGCCCUGCGGCGCUGCUCAGCUUCGGGGCCAUGCUCAGCGGCACCAGGAGGAGCUGCAGCCUCCUGCUGCACAACAGAGGCCUCCUGCCCUUCGACUUCCUCAUCUGCAGGGCACAGCAGGCUGCACCCGGGCUGCCAAGGGAGAGUGCACACCAAAGGAGAUCCUCCCAGUGCCAGGCAAGAGAGAGCUUCAGCACAGCCUCUGCCAAGCCCAGCAAGCUGCACAGAGAGGCUCAUCUCACCCUGGGCAUCUUCACUGUGUCCCCUGCCUUUGGCUGCAUCCCUGCUGGGGGCCAGCAGCUGGUGACAGUGGAGUGCUCUGCAGGGCUGCCAGGGGUGUGCCAGGAGCACCUGGGCAUUGACAUCAGCAACAGAGACCCCAAGGACAACCCCCUUGGCAUCCCCUACAAGCUGCUGGCCGAGUCCUGCCUGCCAGGGUUGGUGGUGGAUGACCUGGAGUGCAUCUUCGAGGAGCAUCGAGUGUGGAGCAGCAGCCUGAGCAGCCUGAGCAGGGUGCUGCAGGCAGUGCAGCCUGAGGGAGUGUUCCUGGCAGAGCAGAAGAGGUUCCUCUUCCCCCACGUCCUGCUGGGGCAGCAGGCCACAGCUCGCUUCAAGCUGCGCAACGCCGGCAGAGUGCCCUGUGCUCUGCUGCUCUGCCUCCAGCCCAGCUCCAGCAGGGGCAGCAGCAGAGCUGGGGAGGCUUUCAGGGUGGAGCCGGCGCGGAUGUGUGUGCCCAGCUGCUCCCACGCCUUUGCCACGGUCACCUUCACCCCACACAGCAUCCAGAGCUACCACUGCACCUUCGAGGCUUCCCUGGAUGUCCAGGCAAGCCCCGCGGCGGUGCCAGGGCAGAGCCUGAGCUUCGCCAUCAGCGGCGCCGGGAAGCUGCCCGAGGUGCGGGUCCUGCGCCCGGCGCUGCGCGACGCGGCCGGGACCCCCCUGCUGCUCUUCGGGAGGCUGCUGCUGGGCUCCUGCCGCAGCCUGCCGCUGGUGCUGCACAACUCUGGAGCUGUCCCUGCCCAGGUGCUGCUGGAUCUGCUGGAUGCAGAGGGAGUUUUCUUCUUGAAAGCCAAGGCCACCACCAAGUGCCUCUACCAAGCUGUGGGCACGCAGGAGGGCUCUGCUGCAGGAGAGAGGCAGCCCCACACUGCUUGCCUGCUGCUGCAGCCCGGGCAGGCAGCAGAGUUCCAGGUGCUCUGCAGAGCCAGCCUGGCCCAGCGCCUGCGGGGGCAGCUCCACCUCUCCGUGCUGGACAACCCCUACGAGGAGAGCAGCGUCAGGCUGCUGGGGGAAGGCUACGAGGAUGACUUCAGCCUGGACAGCACCCAGGGACGGGUGGCAGAGAGCCAGGAGCAGCUGGAGGAGGAGGGCAGAGAGGGGGAUCACCUCCAGCUGGGGCACUGUCCCGUGGGCACCCCCUGCACGGCCACCUUCACCCUCACCAACCGCAGCGAGGGGCAGGUCCUGCGCUUCCACUGGCAGCCCGAGGGCCCCUUCCACUUCUCCCCCCGGGUGGGACACCUCCACCCAGGCUGUGCCAAGGACAUCACAGUGACCCUGAAAUCAGACACUGAAGUCACCUUCAGAAGGCACCCAGUGAAGUGCCAGCUGUCCAGGAUCUCCUUCCAGCUGCCAGCAGAGCAGGUGCCCGACUGGGACGACCGCCUGGGUGCCAGCCAGUGGGUGGGCAGCACCCAGGGCACGGCUCCCAGGGGGCCUCUCAAGAAGCAGCUGCUGGAGCCCAGGCCAGAGCCAGCUCACAGUGUGCUGGAGGGCAGCAGCAGGGAGGUGCAGCUGCUGCUCAGUGCCCUGGUGGCCUAUGCUGAGGUCAAGCUGGGCACAGAAAGGGUUGAGUUCCAGGGCACCCUGAUGUGCCACACCAGCACCUCCAGCUUCCCACUCUGCAACACAGGGAAUGUGGCCCUGGAGUACACCUGGAUGGAGGCUGUGCAGGAGCAGAGGGCAGGGAGCUGCUCUGAGGAGCUGCUGCUGCCCACUCUGGAUGGGGAUCUCCAUUCCUCCACUCCUGUGACUCCUCAGUCCAGCCCCUGUUUGAGCCAUGCCUCAGAGCAGGUCUCCUCCACCCUCAGCUCAUGUCUGGAGCCCACCAGUGCCAGCUCAGUGUUCUCCAUCCAGCCUUGCAGCGGCACCAUCCCUGCAGGGCAGGAGCAGCAAUUCCAGCUGAAGUUCUCCCCACUGGAAGUGGGAGAUUUCCAGAGCAGGAUGCUCUGCAGAAUUCCUAACCUGAGGCCAGGUCAGAAGGGCCCAGAGGUGGCUGUGAGGGGCAGGAGCCUGGCAUGCAGCUACUGCAUUGAACUGGAAGACUCUGACUGCAACAGUGGCACAGGGCUCAACCCCGAGCUGCAGGGAGCAGAGGGGCCAAGGCCAGAGCUCUGCACCAGGCUGCUGCACUUUGCAGCAGUUGGAGUGAGCUGCAGGAGGAGCAGGACCUUCAGGGUUCUGAACCCUACCAGCUCUGCCUUUUCCUUUCGAUGGAGCUGCCAGGACCCUGAAGCUCCUCCUGAAGUGGCUUUCUCCUGCCUCCUGGAGAGAGGACAGAUCCAGCCAGGGCAGAAAGCAGAGAUGAAGUUUGAGUUCACCCCUUGGCACCUGGCACCACGGAGUCCGUUCUGGGUCUUUGCAAUCCCUGAGCAGAAGGUUUCAGUCCCCUUCCUCUUGGUGGGCACUGCCACCGACCCGCUGGUGACUCUGGACAGAUGCCACCUCAACUUGCAGCAGCUGCUGAUAGGCCAGGAGGUCCAGCAGACCAUCACCAUGAUCAACAGUGAGGAGGAGGCCUUCAGCUUUGCUUUCAGAGGCAACUCCCUCUUCUCAGAGGACUGCAGCACCUCCCUGAGGGUAGAGCCCCUGCGAGGCUCCAUCGCUCCCCUUGCCAGGCUGCCCAUCAGAGUGAGCCUCACGCCAGCAGUGGAAGGAGAGGUGGUCUUCAACCUCAGGUGCGAUGUCCAGGGCAAGCCCCAGCCCCUGCGCUUCAACCUGAAGGCCACCGGCUGCAGCCUUGCAGUGGCCGUGCAGGCUGAGGGCAGCGACGGCCGCGUCCGGGAGCUCAGCGCCAGGCGGCUCAACCGCAUCGACCUCCAGGAGGUCCAGCUAAAUGACACCAUCAGGCACAUCUUCAGGCUCUGCAACCGUGGCAAGUUGAGCUUCAGCUUCUGCUGGGAGCUGCGUGGUCCUGCCGCCUGCAGGCAGGCGCUGAGCAUCACCCCCGCAUCGGGCAGCGUCUGGGCAGGGGGCAGCACAGAGGCCCAGCUGGUGUUUCACCCCCAGAGGAUGUGCCCUCUGAAGGAUGUGGAGCUGGUGCUGCAGAUCAGCAAGGGGCCCAGCUUCACCUGCCUGCUGCUGGCCACCGUGGUCGUGCCCAGGGUCCACUUCUCCACCACCAGCCUCAACUUCGGGGCCUGCUUCCUCUCCCAGCCUGGGCUGCCGCCCGCCCGCCGCAGCCUCCUCAUCACCAACAAGGCAGACAAAGCCCUGAGCCUGACCUGCCUGUUCACCAGCACUGCUCACCUGGAGGUGGACUUCCCAGGGUGCAUCCUGCAGGCAGGAGGGACAGUGGAGGUCCCCAUCACCUUCUGUCCCAGAGAGGCUGCAUCUUACCGGGAGCUGGUCCCGUUUGAAGUCAAUGGGCUGUGCCGGCAGGCGGUGGAGGUGCGAGGCAGGGGCGUGGAGGUGAAGGUUGACGUCCUGGAGCCUCCAGGGCAGGUGGUGAUGCUGGGAGCCCUCUCCAUUGGGCAGGUGGUGAAGAAGGAGGUCACCAUAGCCAACAACAGUGCUGCCCCUCUCACUUUUAAGCUCAGUCUCAUGACCACCACACCAGAGCUGCAAGAAGCUGGGGUUCUCAGCCUGAGCCCCAGCCAUGAGCUCAGCCUGAAGGGCAGAGGAGGCAGCUGCAAGGUGGAGGUGACCUUCUCCCCGAAGCGCCGCAUCAGGCCCUUCACUGAAGAGGUGCUGCUGGAGGGCAGGGGCCUGCUGUGCCCCCUCUUCGUGCUGCAGGGCUCCUGCCAGGGCAUCCAGGUCAGCUUGGAUCAGGAGCAGCUGAGCUUUGGGGCGGUGGUGCAGAGGAGCUGCAGAUCCCAGCGCCUGGCCAUGAGGAACACAGGCGACCUGGCGGCCAGCUUUCAGUGGGACACCAAGAGCUGCCAGCCAGAGUUCUCCAUCAGCCCCAGCCAGGGUUACAUCCAGCCAGGAAUGGAAGUGCCUUUGGUUGUGACCUUCAGGCCCUCCAAGCUGAGCCCCCCAGAGCAGUGCCAGGAGCUGCAGUGCCUCAUCCCGGGCACGGAGCCGCUGCGCCUGGUGCUGGCAGGCUGCUGCCUGCCCUGCCCUGUGGCCAGAGAGGUGCUGAGCUUCUCGUGCCCGGUGCGUGAGGAGCAGACCCAGAGCAUCCUCGUGUCCAACCCCACGGACCAGGCCUGCACCCUGCAGCCUCUCAUCGAGGGGGAGCACUGGAGGGGACCCCAAUGCUUGCAGCUGGAGGCCAAGCAGCAGCAGAAGCCUUACCCGGUCACCUACUGCCCCCUCACCAUGAGUGCCGGCAGGCAGCAUCAGGGCUCCGUCUUCUUGCCGCUGCCGGGCGGGGCAGGGCUGUGCUGCCUGCUGCAGGGGGCCGCGGAGCCGCCGCGGUGCUCGGGCAGCAUCCUGCGCCGGGUGCGCUGCGGGACCCCCCACACCGAGCUGCUCCCCGUCUCCAACUGGCUCCGCAGCCCGCAGAGGUUCCAGGUGCUGCUGAGGGUCCUGAAACCAGAGAGCCUGGAGAGCAGCUCCCUGCUGCAGGGCGCGGGGCACAUCGAGGUGCCAGGCUCUGCCACGAAGGACUACAGCCUCACCUUCCUCUCCUACAGAGAAGGAGUCUUCAGCACCAUGGUGACCUUCCUGAACGAGGUGACCCAGGAGUACCUGUUCCACAGGGUCACCUUCCAGGCCACCCCUGCAGGACCCAUCCGCACCCUGGAGCUGAGCGCUGCUGUUGGGCACAGGGUGGCAGCCACGCUCCAGGUGCCCAACCCUCUGCCUGCCCCUGUCACCUUUGCCAUCCGCUGCAAGGUGCCCGGGCUCAGAGUGCCACCGCGCUUCACCGUCCCGGCGCUGGCAGAGGCUGACCUGGUCGUGGAGUACCAACCUCUGACGGUGGGGGAGGGCAGUGGGCACCUGCUGCUGCAGAGCUCUGAGCUGGGCACCCUCUGCUACAGCCUGCUGCUGAGAGCCAGCACGGGCAGCCCGGAGCAGCCUCUCUGCUUCUGCACCACGCUGGGCUCCAGGCAGAGCCUCACCACCACCAUCAGGACGUGUGCCCAGCAGAGGACUGAGUACCUGCUGCAGACCAACUCUGCUGCCUUCCAGACAGAGAAGUCCAUCACUGUGACCCCUGCCAGCCCGGGGGGCACGGAGCUGAGCCUGGAGGUGACCUAUGAGCCCUGCCAGCUGGGUGAAACCCAUGCCAUCCUGCAGCUGUCCUCUGCCCUUGGCACCGAGCACAGCAUCCCUCUCCGCGGCAUCGCUCUCCCGCCCGAGCCACAGGGCCCCUUCUCCAUCAGGGCUGGCAGCAGCCUCCCCAUCCCCUUCCAGAACGUGUUCCUGCAGCCCAUGGCCUUCCAGUGCCAGGUGGAGCACCCAGCCUUCAGUGCCAGGGCCCCCCAGAGCCUGCGUGCCAAGGCCACCACCCUCAUCCACGUCUCCUUCCAAGGUGACCUCCCUGUCUCCAGCAAGAUGGUGGUGACCUGCCCGGGGGGGCCCAGUGUCUCCUGGGUCUACUACCUCCAGGGCCUCCCCUCCAACAAGUGACCCCCUGGGGGCCCCUCGGGGCAUGGCUUGGGCACCUGAGGGGCAUUAGCUCUGCGGUGGCUGCGCAGAGUAGGCAGGAGGAGUCCUCCCUGAGCUCCUCUCCAGAGGCUUUCCCUUCUCCAUCUGCCCUUAGCUGUGGCUAAAGGCAGUCCUCAAGGCUGGCCCCACUCUGCCCUUGCCAGGGAGUGAGUGCCCUCUUCCAGGGCCCUGGCAGAGGGUGGCUUUGGUGGCACCACUCCUUGGGCUGAAGAAUCAGGAGGAAGUCGAAGA